UUUCGGAAUUAAUCCGAGAUAUGUUCCGAAUGGUAUAGGGCGACACGUGAAAACUGAAAUGAAAAAUGUUCAGAUAAAUAUUGACGAGUAAAGACAAAAAAAACCACAACAGAAACUGAAAUGUACAAAAGGAUUGUGGGUAAAGGUCAUCUACCAUAUGCCUACUUGAAAAUAAAGUUAGAAUUUGAAGAUGGAGCAGGAGAACCAGAAAUAGAGGCAGCCAUGUUUAAGUAUUUUAUUACACAGGCUAUUCAGUCAUUGCAUGGAGAGAUAGGAGCAAGUCAUAGUGUAGAUGUGCUGAAAUUUCGGAAAAGGCAUUUAGAAGCCAUCCUUAGAGUAUCUUGCAGUUUUCUGUCCAAGUUAUGGAGUUCUCUGACCUUAGUUGGAAACUAUAAGGGCCAAGUCUGUGCAUUUAGAGUUCAACAGGUAUCAUCACAUUUGAUGGCUAUAUCUUCAAACAGUAGAGACAUAAAUGUUUCUUGAGUGACUUUGAUAAGUGAACAUCCAGGUUAUCAAAUGGUAUAAAUGGAAUAUGGUGACCAGUAAGAAAUCAUAACACAGAGAAACAUUGUUUCAAUGGUUUAAAGUUCAAUGAAAGACACAAGAUGUAAAGCAAAAGUGAAAAGCAUUCAUGCAAAUAAGGGGUAAUUGUUGAAAUUCAAAUUGAAUUGGUGGAGAAGUUGUAAUAACAUGUAGUACAGAAAAUAAUUUGUUGAUUUUCAUGAAUUAUAUGUUGCAGAAACAUAGAUUAUCUCCCCUGCAAUGUCUUCCUGUUUUAAAGAAAUAGAUGAAAAAAACAUUAAUUUAAUUUACUAUUUUUGAUAUAGACUUUUUUAAUAACUUUUACAUUUACAUCUAAAAAUUUAAUAUAGUUUAAGAUAUUUUAAAAGAGAUUACAAAUAAGCAAAAAAAACAAAAGACAUAAUAACAUUUCCUGAAGACAUUACUACUCUGUUGCAUGUAUUUGCUUUUCUAUGCAUGGUUUUACGUUGUUAGUUAUUAACCUUGUUAACUGUGUUUUAACUAAUAUUGUUUUUUGUUACAAUUGUCAAAUGAAGUUAUUUGUUAUUUACAUGAAAUGAUGUAAUAAAAUAUUUAAUGUUGAAA